AUGUCACCUUAUCGCCUAGUUUAUGGGAAGGCAUGUCAUCUUCCUGUAGAAUUAGAGCAUAAGGCGUUUUGGGCGUUGAAGAAGUUAAAUUUGGACCUUGUAGUUGCUGGAGAAGCACGAAAGCUGCAGCUGAAUGAACUGGACGAGAUGCGGCUGUUGAAGCUAUUUCCUGGAAAGCUUAAGUCCCGUUGGUCUGGACCAUUUACUGUGAUGGAAGUGUAUCCAUUUGGAGCUAUCCUGGUGAAAGAUGAAAAAUCGGGAAGAGAAUUCACAGUUAACGGACAGCGGCUGAAACAUUAUUUUGGUGGGGAGGUUGACAGAGAAAAGACCUCCGUCAAUCUGAAGGAUGCUUGA